AUUGUGACCGGAACAUCGCACAUGAGGCUGAGGCAUACUAGUUCUACUUAAAACUUUGGGUGCUUGUGUUGCAGCUCCGGAGACAUUGUUAGUGUUCAUAGACAACUCCGAGCUCCGAUGUGGUGCGCCGUACCCAGAUUUAUCCGCCCCAUCACCGCCAUAUCACCUCCGCCGAAUUCAUCAUUUCCUACUUUAUGCCACCGUGGAGUUUCAACGGCGGUGUAUCCUGCUAUAUCCUCACCGGAAAAACUAGAACAUAGCAACGAACUCGUCGCACGGGAAUACGCUGACCUCAAUCUUUCCAGCAAUUGCCAGGAGGUUGGCCAUGUUAGAAUCCGGCAGCAUGUUAAUCCUCUCAGUUCUUCAAAAAUGGUUCCGAGGGAACUGCCAGAUUGGAAUGGUGUUUAUAAGGAUGCUAAGCUGCCAUUGAUGGUGGAUAUUGGUAGCGGUAGUGGGAGAUUUCUCCUAAUGCUUGCCAAAAGAAACUGUGGAUUGAGAAAUUAUCUAGGAUUGGAAAUACGUCCAAAAUUGGCCAUACGUGCUGAAUCUUGGGUACAUGAACUAGGCUUGAAUAAUAUCCACUUUAUAUAUGCCAAUGCAACGGUCUCCUUCAAACAAUUUGUAUCUACAUAUCCAGGUCCCUUGGUUUUAGUAUCUAUACUGUGUCCAGAUCCUCAUUUUAAGAAAAAGCAUCAUAAAAGAAGGGUUGUGCAGAAACCUCUAGUCGAUUCCAUCGUAGAAGGCUUAGUUCCUGGAGGACAGAUAUUCAUUCAAUCAGACGUCCAGGAAGUAGCAGUUGACAUGAGGAAAUAUUUUGAUGCUGAAUCGGAUAAACUUGUGCAUAUUAACCAUGUUGAUCCUAAUAUGCUUUGCGACAAUGAGGGAUGGUUGUUGAGUAAUCCAAUGGGAAUAAGGACGGAGAGAGAGAUCCAUGCAGAACUCGAAGGUGCUAGUAUUUAUAGAAGAAUGUAUCAGAAACAAUGUGAGCCUUCUACCUGCUGAUUGACUAGGCGCCCCCCUUAUUCUUGGACCCGGAGGUGGCCCGAGAAGUAAGCUGUUCUCAGCUGAGAAAUCUUUGGGCAAACCAGACCUAGAGCACGAGAUUGGAGCUCAUUUCUGCUUGGUAUCAUUUUUUCAAGAAAUGGGAACAUCAUCUGGUGCAGUUGUCUCUCCUUGUUGCUUGUGGAAGGGCACCAUGGUUCUGUACUCGACUGUCGAUUGAGUUUGAACGAAGGGCUUCUCGACUAGGGAUGACCUCUUCUUCUGUGAUCAAAAUUCAGCCAAUCUUUCUUCCAAAAGUUUUCUAGUAGCUUAAACCUCAGGUGUUUGAGAAUCCAUGCAUCUUUGUGAGAUAUUUCUUCAUCAUGAAUACAUCGAGUACUACCCAUGUCUGUAGUAGGUUUAGGAAGCAUUUGGUUGAGAAUAAUCAGGAAAGGGAAAUAGAAUUAAAUUUUUUUAUUGAUUA